AGCAAAACUGCCAGGGAGAAGUCUCACACAUGUAUGUCGACCUUACCUCUCUCACAUUCAAACCCACUUUUCUCUCUGCGUUCAUCAAACCCAUUUCCAUCUAUUUAUAUCUAGAAACCUUACAACCACCACUCAUGGGGCGCAGAUACACAAAACCUUCAAGAGAAUUUACGACCACCUCUUCCACCGAGUUCAACGUUCCGGCACGCCGCUAUCCGAAUUCUCCAUAGAUGUUGGCAAAACCCUAGAUCAAAAAAGCCAACAACCACCGGUCCAGAUAUCAAGCAAGAACCACACAUGAAGACAGAUAUGGAUGUUUCACUUCAAUAACAUUAAUUCUGGUUAUCGAAUCAAAGGAAGAUCUACUCAGAUCUGAUUUUUUUUGUUUUCCUAAAUAUUUCUUCGUGAAUAUUAUAUAGAUCUGUGAGUAAUACAUGAAACUGUGCAUGCUACAGAUCUAUGUGUAUGUGUAUGAUCUAAAACUUUCCUUUUGAUUAUAAAGUAGAAUGUGAUAUGGAGAAACACGGAAAUAAUAUUUAGAUUUUAUAUAGUCUCUAAAAUGUAUAAACUAUGAUUGUAUGAUAUGUUAGAAUUGAGGAUGUAUACAAAUAAUAUGAUAAAUUCACUGAUAUGCC